GCGGUCUCAGAGCAAAAGAACCCCUCCGCCAAACUCUCCUCCUCAAAACAAGACGACCCACUCGCUGUUCUCAGUGGAAUCGGGCGCAAGCCAUUUGGACAAGCCCCAAUGUCAGAUUUAUUCGGCAAACUCAGACGACACUCAAAACGGUUGAAAUGGACGACGGAGGCGGAUGGGGAAUUUGAUAAGAAGAAGGAGGAAAUGGAACUUUGUGAUACGGAUCAGCAGCUGCUUGAAUGGGCCAUGCGCGAGGUGUUCGGGCAGUCUCAGAAAUACGAGGAACGUGCACGAAAUGCUAUUGCUAAAGCCGAGGAACAGCAUGCUACAGGCCUCACCCCAAGCUCAAACGCAAGCGGAAGCGCAAAUCCACCACCACAACUUACGUCUACGCACCUUGAACUCCAACACCCGACAUAUCCCUACCUGAUCGCGCACCUCAUGCAUUCUUUCCGCGACAAAUACCGUGACCCUCACCUCGCUCUCUCCAUCUUCGACUAUGCGCGGCACCUGAGCAUACCGAGCUAUGUAUUCGGGUGCACCACUCCCGCAUACAACGAACUGCUAGAAACCCGCUGGUCGUGUUUCCGCGACCUCAGAGGCGUACACGACGCCCUCGAAGAAAUGCGGGUCAACGGGGUCGAGCCCGAUGGCAGAACCAAGAAACUUGUCGAGAAACUAAGGCGCGAAGUGGGGGCGCGCACGGUUUGGGAAGAGGAAUCUAUGUUUGGGAGUGGGGAGGUUGUUGGGAUGUUAUCUAAGAUCGAGCAGCUUGCUAUUAAGGAGCCCAGAGGGAAGCGGGGGAAAGGGUCGGGCAGGAAAGGGCCGGCUUUUGAUGCGUGGAAGGGGGAUGCGCUUAAGGAGGAUGUGGAGGACG